AUGAUGAAUAUCUGGCGCUUUUUCCCCGGCAUGUCGGAUUUUUUCUACGCUGGCAAGGAGAAAUUGAAUAGUUCGGAGUGUAACCAUGGAGUGAACCUCAUGAAAUUCAGGGAACUGCCGAUCGGACCUCUCUCAAAAGGUAAUGAACCUGCACCUCGCAGUGGCCAUAGAAUAUUUUUGGACAACGAGUUUCUUUACGUCGUUGGAGGAUUUGAUAGGACUGCGGACGAGCAAGGUGGCAAAAUCUAUAGAGAGGUUUGGAAGUAUAACUUAUUGACACAAGAAUGGACAGAGAUGGAUCUUCUUGGUAAUUUCCCAACCGCGCUAGCUUCGUUUGCUUUGGUGCAGAGUUUACCGUAUUCGAACCAAGUUGUGCUUUUCGGAGGCACUGCUGUACCGUUCGGAGCAUCGACUUCUUCCAGUGUUCAUCUGCUCUCUUUCCACAACACCUCCAAUUCGAUCGUUUCCACGCUACUACCUGUGGAAGGGGAGAAACUAGCUACUUACGGGCACGCUAUGUUGCGCGGUUCGGAUCCAUGUACCUUCUAUGUGAUCGGUGGCACCACAGGACACAAUUUUUUCCUAGACGUUGACAAAUUAACUUUCGAAGAUGGCAAAUGGAGAUGGACAAGUGAAGCACAAGCGACCCCGAACAUGGAAGGACGCUACCGCCUUGAAGCGGUUCUACAUGAUGACCUAAUCUUCCUUUUCGGUGGGGGUCGUCCUGAUUACGUCACUGAACUUCGCACGAUUACGGUAUUUGAUACCAAGAAAAAAGUGUUCGUGGACUUACCAACUCUUCCCGAUGAAAGUGCAGGCAAUGGGAAUUGGGAAGAUGGAUACCCCAAAGGGAGAAGGUGA